CCAGCAACAAAACAUUCGUUCACACACAUUCACUCUUUUAAAAAAUCCUUGUUCUUAUAACUACUUUUACGUAGUUUUCCAUCUUCUUUAAUACACUCGCUCUCAAACACACACACACACACACACACAAACCCCAAUCUUCAUUAAAAGAAACAAUCAAACAAAAUCAAAAUGCGUACCGCUCAGGCAGUCCUCGUUUCCCUCGUCGGCAUGGCCGCCGCAGGCAGCAUCUACCUGCCUCCUCCUCAGGACAACGCCGCCGUGGCUGACGGUGCCUGGGAGCAGCAGGUUGAGGUCCCCACGUACGAGAUCAAGCCUCAGAAGCACGAGGACCACAAGGAGAAUGCUUACCCUACUCCUGAUGAGGGCAACAAGCAGUGGGGCCACGGCGAUGAGGAGGAGAAGAAGAAGGGUGAGGAAGAGAAGGGUGCCAAGGAGUGGGAGCACCACGGUGAGGAAGAGGACAAGAAGAAGGAGAAGGAUCCCAAGGAGUGGGAGCACCACGAUGACAAGGACAAGUCCAAGGAGGGCGAGUCCAAGGAGUGGGAGAACAAGGACGACAAGAAGAAGGAGGAUGAGAAGAAGAAGGAGGGUGAGAGCAAGGAGUGGGAGAACAAGGACGACAAGAAGAAGGAGGAUGACAAGAAGAAGGAGGGUGAGAGCAAGGAGUGGGAGAACAAGGAUGACAAGAAGAAGGAGGACGACAAGAAGAAUGAGUGGGAGAACAAGGACGACAAGGCCAAGGAGGACGACAAGAAGAAGGAGGACGACAAGAAGAACGAGUGGGAGAACAAGGACAAGGAGGCCGAGGGCAAGGAGUGGGAGGCCAGCAAGGGCCAGUGGCAGAACGGCGGCCACGAGUGGAAGCAGCACAACCAGACCGCCGUCACCACCACAAAGGUCGUCUCCCAGUACACCACCUACUGCCCCGAGCCCACGACCUUCACCUUCAACCAAAAGACCUUCACCGUCACUGAGGCCACCACAAUCACAAUCACCGACUGCCCCUGCACCGUCGUCGAGCCCUGCGAGACCGGCGCCGUCAAGCCUUCCCACAUCGAGGUCAAGCCUGCUCCUCCCGUCCACAGCGGCAACGCCAAGCCCGAGGAGCCCAAGCCUCACGGCGGCGAGGGCGAGGACUGGAACAACAAGUCCCACGGCGGCGAGGGCAAGCCCACUCCUCCCCCCGUCGUCAUCAGCGGCGCCGCCGACAAGCUCGUCCACAUUGGCGCUGCCAUCUUUGGCGCCCUGCUCGUCGGCGUCGUUGCCCUGUAAGCGUCUUUGCUGCCUUGAAGAUUGGAAAGUUCAUGGUGAGCAUUGCAUUAGACAGGAGAAGGGGAGUCUUUGGGACUUUGAGGAUGAUGAUGACGAUGAUGAGGUUUGGGGUAGUCACGAGAGAGAUAAAAUGACAGAGACGGUCUUGUUCUUCUUCUUUAUUCAUUGUUGCCUUUUGUUCUUUUUGGAGAUGAGAUGGUGGGGGUUUGUGGUUUUUUCUUCUUUUCUGGGGAUAGAUUUUGUCAACACUUAUGACCUGUUUAUCAAUCCGGGGUGUGUGGAUGAUAUCAGGUCUUU